UAUUGUGGAAAUACUUUGUUCCAAAAUAAUGAAGCUUUCAAGCGAUUUCUUCACAAGGAUUAAAUCAUUUCAAAUGCAGCCCAAAAUUUUUGGCGCCAAACCGAUUGCCUAUUUCAAUGAAGCGAAGUAAAACCAAGAAAAGUCAUCCGAAAAAGAGUUUACAUACAAAAAAUGUUCGCAAAAGGAAGAUGAGUUCUGACUCAAGGCCAAUCUCCCAAAUGUUCCAAGUAUCUGGUCCACGAAACAACGCAAUAGACUCCUAUAUUUCGAAUAUCGAAGUGUCGCAAUCAAGUAGUGCCGAACCUCUUAUUUCAAAGAAAGAAAACGAGCCCAACAAUACCAACCAAACUCUUGAAAACAACUUUCCAACGGUUGAAAGGAACAGUUCUGAGUUAAACAAGUAUCUAUCAAGUCUUGAUUCUUGGCGUGAUCUUGGACCCGAAGCACUAACGAAACAAAUACGAAUACUCUGUGAACAACUUAUGGCAGUUCCUCAAGAAUCUUUGUCAACGGAAGAAUCAGAAAACUUAGCUAUUGCAGCAAAAUCUCUCUGUGCAUCUUGUUUCCUUGAAAGCAAAAAUCAGAAUAUACGAAUAUUAUCUGCUUGCUGCCUUGCAGAUAUUCUUAGGCUGUUUGCCCCCGAAACUCCUUUUAGUAAAGACGAACUGAAGCUAAAAUUCUUUUCACAGAGAAUAUUUCCAUUUUUUAUUAGGCAACUAAGUGGUCUUGAAAAUUUUGAAGGUUCCUUGUUUCCAUGGUAUUUCUAUCUUUUGGAAAGAUUGGCAACCACAAAAGCAUUUGCUCUCGUUGCAAACGACGAAGAAAUAAGCGUUGACCUUCUGGAGAAAUGCUUCACAAUAAUAUCUGAGAAUCAUUCUUAUAAAGUACAUCUAUAUCUGACCGAGUUGAUGGCAAAUGUCGUCGAGGAAGCAGAUCAAAUUUCUCAAUCUGUUCUUGAUGCUGCCCUUAUGAGGCUCAUUCCUCCUUUUUCGCAGCAGUCUCCUGAGUCAUACAAACUUGCAAAGAUGCUUGUAUUGAGAUGCAAAGAUAGCUUACAAUUGCCGGUCUCCUCGUUUCUAAAUGCAGUUUUUGUAGAUAAAAGGACUGUCGAUAGUGAUCUGCGAGACAGAGUUCAUGAUCUCGUUCAACAAUUAUUCUACGUAGCCCCUGAUCUGCUUCUCUAUGUUUUCCCUGGGUUAGAAGCAGAAUUGAAAGUUGAAGAUGUCAAUGUUCGCACUAAAAGCAUUCGCCUACUUGGGAAACUUUUUUCUUCUUCUGAUUCCAAUCUGUUUGAGAAGUAUGCAACUUUGUUUGAUGAGCUCCUCGGGCGUUUUUACGACGUUGAGCCUUCCAUUAGAGUUGAAUUAUGUAUAUUGGCUGAGUCAAUACUAAGAGUUCAUCCAAAUGUUUCCACGAAAAUUCAAAAGUAUCUUCAGGAAAGAGUUUUGGAUACCGAUGAGAAGGUCCGAGAAACCGCUAUUCAAAAAAUUUGUUCCAAUUGGAAUGCAUUUUCUGUAGAAACUCUCAAGUCAGUAGUCAGUAGACUUUAUGAUAAGAAAGCGAGAAUUCGGAAGGAAACAAUUCAGCAAAUAACGAAAGCGUUUCUUCAAGAGUUAGCAAUGGUGGAAAAAAAUUGGAACAAAAACAAAGAACAACGAAAGGAACUGUCUAGAAAGCUGAGUUGGGUACCUGAAGAACUUUUGAUUGCUUAUGAGCGGCUCCACCGUGAGAAUGAUGAUGAAUCUUGUUUUAUGAUAGAAAGGUUCAUCUUCUUUGAAGAAGCGAAAACUUUUGAGGGACAAGCCAAUUUGAUGUUCUACGUUGAGAACGUCUUUUGGACUCUGAAAAACGGGAAAAAAGUUUUCGAAUCUCUCAUAGCAAAGCAUCGCAAAGCAAACAAAUGUCUAUCUUACUUGCUCUCCAUCAUUGACAAAAAUAAUGAAGCGGUCAAAGCUAAUGCUGCAGACAGCAAUGAAGGAAAUGCAGCUGACGUCUCUUUUAAUGAAGCCAUUCAAGUUCUUGCAAAAGCUCUUGAACACAAAAGAGCUGAGGAACUUCUUCAUUCAGUGUUUCGAACAAAGAAUCGAUCUAUAGUGAAACAUUUGCGUUCCAUUUGUAGUCUCUAUUCAUCUACUAGCGAUAAGCUGGCCAGUAUUGAAUCGCUUCGCAGAGUUUUUCACACAAGAACGGAGUUGUGGAGCUUUAUAGAAAGCUGCUUUCUUUGUCGCUGCAGCUGCUUGCUAUUCAAUAAGGUCUCCGCCGUAGAACUUUUAGAUUCUAUCCGUUCAAAUAGCUCGAAAACAAGUUCUUGCCUCGGAAAAACGAAAUUGCAGUUUGACUUCAGUUUAAUUUUCGCCAGGCAUUUCCCAGAAUUUUUCGAUGAUCAAAUAAGAUGUAUAGAAGAGCUGCUAAGAACAUUCUCCAACGAAGGAAAGACAAAGAGACGUUCAAAAAGAAACAAAACAGCUAGAGCUGCCUGUGAGAAGGAAGGAUACGACUUGGCUUACCUUUUAAGAGUACUUGAGCUUCUCUUUUAUGUUGCAAAGGAUCUACAAUCAACUGCAGAGUCUAAUCUAUGGCAGUUGCUUUCAGAAAUUUCCUUAAAAGAUACUUUGCCACAGGAAGGAGUUAAAUACGCUAUUGGCUCACUGGCUCAGAUGUUUGGGCAUUCAUAUAGCGACAUUUCUUGGAGAAAAUUCAUUGAACGAGUCUUAAGUCAGCCAAAUUGGAAAUUGAACUUGGACGAAGAUAGAAUUUCGCGAAUACUGUGUAUAUUUUCGCAGCUUGUAAAGCAUGGCCCCGUGAAGAGUGUCGAGUCAUUGGAAGAAAUUGUUUGUUUCUCUCUUGAGGAAAUCUUGAAUCCGGCUGGAAAGACUUUCAAGUCUCACCAAAUUUACGUUCUCGCUAUUAAACUGAUAGGGAACUUAGUUAUUAAUAGUGAAGAUUUAUCUACAAUACCAUUCUCUCCAAAGUUAAUAUUGGAUAUUCUUUUUGACAUAUUAAGAAGAAGAGGCAACGUGAAAGGUACAUUAAACAACUCAAAUCAACAAGAAGCGACUGAUUCUUUUGGAGACGUUCGCCUCUCAUGCGCGAAGGUAUUACUCAAAAUGCAGAGGAAAUCCUUUAUAAAAGAAUUCUUUGGUCCUUUUGAAUUUUUAGAAGUAGGAUUAACUAUUCAAGAUCCUAUUCCAGAAGUUCGCCUGAAAUUUAUGCAGCGUCUCUGUAAAGAACUUUUGCAUCAUCGAUUGAGUUUUAAAUGGUUUUCUUUUUUCGCACUUACGGCGGUUGAUCCGGACAAAACAAAUUAUACUUCUGCUGUACGGUUAGCAUCCAAGGUCGUGCAAAUACGGCACCUCUAUGUCAACCAGGUGAAGAAUCAACAAGUUUCUAAUGAAAAUGACUUUGGCCAUUCAUUUUUCUCGUUACUGCCUGAAUGCAAUCUGAUGCAUUUAGUAUGGAUCUUGGCACAUCACCCUGAUUUCCAAACAGACAAAGUUCAGGAUAACUUUGCAGAUACUUCGAAAUGUCUUGAUUUCUUUUUUGAACGUAUACUGGAGACUCGUCAGGAUCAUGCCAUGUUUUUGCAGCAAAUUCUUCGAGCUAUUUUGUUGUCGGAAGAUGCCACAGAGUCGUCUGUCUCUUCAGGAACUGAGGCAAUAAGAGAAGUUGCUCAAGUUGCAUUGACAAUAAUGAAGAAAAAACAAGAAGGAAAGAAAUGGGAUCUUUCGGAGUACACAGGAAUGCUCAUUCUUCCUGCAUCAAUGUACAGAAUGACAGCGACUACUGAAACAAAUAAGAGAAAAAAUUUGACCGUAUCGGAUGACAGUGGUCCUCUCGUUGCCAGUUCAUUUCGUUCAAACUCAAAUCUAGAAGGUUCACUUCAUACAAAUAUGAAAGACAAUUCACCUUGGAAAGGAGCAAUGUUUGAUUUUGCUGACGAUAUUGUCAAUGAUGAAAAUGUCGUCGCCAAUACUCAGCUACAUACGAUUGGUUAGUUUGCUAGCAGCUUCUUGAAGUUCAGUUCUCGUUCUACUUACGCAAUAACAUUGCUAUUCCUACAUUUUGUCAAAGUUGUGUAUAUAGUAUUUUUCUUUUAGAUUUAAUUCUUUUG